CAUAGUGUCCAAUAAUCUUCCCGAUGAAGUUUCUAAGAUCUGACAGUUUCCACAUUUUAAUUGAAAGUUCUUCCAAUGAGGGAUCCAAGUGAGUUAUCGACCUUCCGACCGCGAGGUGGCGCUGAUUGGCAAGUUGGUCCCGGGUCACUUCCUGCCGUUCUACCUUUGUUUGUUAACACCGUUCGCGUCUUCUAGAAAAAUGUCCAACUACUCUUCCCUUACGCUGCCUGAAUUGAGGUCAAAGUUACGAGAAAGAAACGCAAAGACAUCAGGAAGGAAGAAAGAGCUCAUAGAAAGACUAGAAUCCUAUGAUAGGAAUGACAACUUUGGAAGGACAGAUGAGCAUACCAAUGCAGACUACAAUAUGACACUACCUGCCAUCACCCAGUAUAGUGAUCUCAACAGCGACAGAAACCUGGCACCAAUCAACAGUGACAAAAUAGCCUUCUGUCUUAGGAACUUUGAUAAAACCAUGGACAAACAUGCCAAAGGACUGUAUCAAGAGAAGUAUUUGUGCUAUCUAAGACUGUGUUCAACAGUCACCCAUGACUUUUUGAGAAGUUCUUGUCGAGCCGAAAUGAGGAAAUCUGUGACGUACUUAGUUGAUGUGUCGCUGUCCAAAGAUGGCCAUAUCUUCGAGUCCCAGUGUGAGUGUGCUGCUGGUAUGGGACCUAACGUCCACUGUAAGCAUGUCUGUGCCGUCCUCUACGCCUGUAGUGAGUUUUGUGUGAAGAAAUGUGUCCUUACAGAACAGACAUGUACGGAAAAGCUUCAGACUUUUCACCAAACUCCGAAAUACAAAGGAUCUCCAGUCAAAGCAAGGGACGCCAUUUUGGAGGGUUCUGACAUUCUCAGUGGUACCUCGUUUGACCCUAGACCACAACAGUUCAGAGGAAGUGAAGGAUAUAAUGAUUACUUUAGGAACAUUUGCUUAAAUUUCAGUGGUGCGUCGGAAAUGCCAAUUUCCCAGUUGUUCGAGCCUGCAAAUAGUAAAGGAGUAGCCCAUGACCACGACUACCUUUUGGAGACUCCAGAGGAUAGGUUUUUGUCUUCUUUGAAUGUUAGUGCCAUUGACAACAAAGAAAGAAACAAGAUCGAAAUAACAACAAGAGGACAGUCAACAAAUGAAGUGUGGAAAUCCGAGCGUCUAAAAAGGAUACAGUCGUCGAACUUUGGACGUAUAUGUAAGGCUACAGAUAGAACAGACUUUGUUAAGUUAGCUAAUUCUCUAUUGUGCUUUAAGAGAUUGAAAACUGAAGCCAUUGUACACGGACAGAAAUUUGAACACGAGGCAAAAGUGCGAUACGAAAAAGAAUGUGCCGUAAGUGUCAAGGAUUGUGGCAUAUUUGUAUGCAAAGAACACCCAUUCCUUGGUGCAUCUCCUGAUGGUGUUGUGGAUGAAAACUUGAUCGUUGAAAUAAAGUGUCCAUACAGUUCAAAAAACAGAAUAAUAAGUGAAGUAACUGUUCCAUAUUUGAAAAUUGUCAAUGGAAAUUUAGUCCUAGACAGUAAGCAUGACUACUACCACCAAGUUCAAGGCCAGUUGUUGUGUUCUCAACGUUCUUUGUGUGAUUUUGUAGUGUACACUCUAUCUGACAUGAAAGUGCUACGUAUCAAGAGAGAUGAGGAAUUCAUUUCCAGGAUGGUUGCAAAGCUGACUUCAUUUUAUAAUCAAUACUUGGAGCCUGCACUUCUGGAGAAAUUGUUUUAUAGACCUUUGUAAACUCCAUAUUAAAUGUGCAAUAGACUACUACUAAAUGCAUGGCACAUUAUUUGUAUCAUGAAUUUAUUACUGAUUCCAUUUGCAAUACAUGUAGCUUAGUAACUUAAGUAGGCUAUAAAUUAAUGCAAGAUUUUUCAAUACGAAUUAUUAACUUUCAUAUAAACUAACAGAAAUUUCAAAUAAAGGAAACAUCAGAUUUAUUUAACUUUCCUUGUUCCUUAAUGAUCAAUGCAAGGUUCAUCGAUAACAAUUUACAAUACAUUGUUCAUCAUUGGUUUUUUUUCAUAUGACAUAGUCAUUAUGAUGGAAAAAGUAACUAUCAGUCUAUGUACAUAAAACAACAUUAUUGUAUAGUGGUAUAUAUGAAUCCUCUU